GCGGACCCGUAAACAACGCACCGGACGUAUGUCCAAUUUUUUUGUGAAUUCAGAAAUUUCCGUUGGUACAAUACAAACUUCAAUAGUAUUGCCGAGAUAAAUAUCCGUAUUUGAUAUUUUCGACAAGAGCCCCAACAUCAACAUUCUUCGCGGUUCGUCGGUUGGUUGCUUUUCGCUGCUGUCGCCUGUUGGUUAUUUUCGAAGGUGUUUUCUAUUGAAAUUGUGCGCGAAUGAUAAUGAGUCAAAAUGAUAAUAAAUAAAAGUCAAGCAGAAUUGUAGAGGAAUUGCAAUAUUGGCUUAUAUUAAGAGUCAGUGGAGAGCGAUCCAACGGUUAAUAUUGCCCCUUCCAACUUUGAUCGCUGCAACGGUUAAUCGCUCGACGAAAGAAGAGUGAAACGACGGGGAACGUGAAGAGGAGGAAUUGAUCAAAACAAAGCGUAUGCGGCAGUAAUUCGGCAAUUGGCAGAUUCUCCCACACCCCACACACUACACAACAAAGCGCAAAAUGUUCGAGCUAGAGGACUAUUCGAGCGGCAUACACGAGGGUUUCUUCAACAAAUAUGCGGAUGCGGCCGGCCCUUCGCUGGACUUUUACGUGUCCGACUCAAUGCAGGACAUGCUGGACGUGGACAUACGGGCGGAGAUAGCCAGCACAUUGGCCACCUCUAGCGACCUGACCCCGCUGGACCAUGCUCUGGAGACCAUUUCGGCCAUCAACAACAACACGAGCAGCGGCAGCAAUCUGUCAGUGGCCUACAACGCCAACGCCAACUUCCUGGCCAGCAGCACGCUGCACGCCUCGCCCACGGCCAAGUGGAUGGGCUCCUCGGCCAACUUCUGGUCGAACACCGACUACUACGCUGAUCUGGGGGCCUGCGUGAAUCCCAUUUCGGUGAUGCCGCUAAUCAACUCUGCCUCGUGCUCAGCCUCCUCCAUGUUGGGGUCGCCGCGCAGGGGCAAGGCUGCCACGGCCACACAGUCGCGGGCCGUGCCGGCAUCGCCAUGCGGGGACCGGGACCAGCACAAGUCACACCUGACCUUCUCGCCGGCCCAGAUGAAGGUCAGCGCUGGAUCGCUGCGGCGGGAGCAGGUGAUGGCGCACAUACCCAAACAGAUAUCGGUGGUAACUGGCACCGGAAGCACGGCACCGGCCACCAUGGCCACCAAUUCGGUGCUGCAGCGACGCAACUCCUCAGCGGUCGAUGCGGUGCGCAAGGAUCUGGGCACGGAACUGCGCAAGGCCCAGUCCAGCCUGUCCGAUGAGGGCGGCAACAAGUCGAAGACCUCCUCCAACAACCUGCUCACCAACGGAGGCAUCACCACCAACACGAUCAAGCUGGCGCCCGGCAUCGGGGGCCUGACCUUCGCCAACAGCGCCGCCUACCAGAAGCUGAAGCACCAGUCGUCGGUCAAGGGCCCGAGCACAGGCAACGGCAACGGCAUGGUCCUGAAGCGGGAGGAGGCCUCGAAGCGCGGCCUGCUGCAGCAGGGAAGCACCACACCAAAGAGCAUCGCCUCGGCGGCACACUCGCCGCACCAUCAGAUGCAGAGCCUUGGCUCGCCAUCGUCCGUCUCGUCGAUGGCCUCCUCGCCGCUCAGCAAUGGCAGCAACCUGGUCAACAUCGCCAACAACAGCAGCGGCAGCGCUGGUCUCGUCAAGCCGCUGCAGCAGAAGGUCAAGCUGCCGGUCGUGGGCAGCGCCUUCCCCAAGCCGGCCUACUCCUACUCCUGCCUCAUUGCGCUGGCCCUGAAGAACUCGAGGGCCGGCUCGCUGCCCGUCUCGGAGAUCUAUAGCUUCCUGUGCCAGCACUUUCCGUACUUCGAGAACGCGCCCAGUGGCUGGAAGAACAGCGUGCGGCACAAUCUGUCGCUGAACAAGUGCUUCGAGAAGAUCGAGCGCCCGGCCACGAACGGCAAUCAGCGCAAGGGCUGCCGCUGGGCCAUGAACCCGGAGCGCAUCACCAAGAUGGACGAGGAGGUGCAGAAGUGGUCGCGAAAGGACCCAGCUGCCAUACGCGGGGCCAUGAUCUAUCCGGAGCACCUGGAGUCGCUGGAGCGCGGCGAGAUGAAGCACGGAUCGGCCGAUUCCGAUGUGGAGCUCGAUUCAACGUCGGAGAUCGAGGAAUCAUCCGAUCUCGAGGAGCAUGACUUCGAUGACACCCUUGUGGAUGCGAUGCUCGUUGAGGAGGACGAAGAUGUCGUGGAUGACGAUGAGGACGACGAGAUGCUGAGUGAGUUCGAGGCCGAGGAUGAGCCGCUCGCCAGCCACCCCUCUGCCAGCCAGUCGAACCACCACCACCUGCCCCUUGACCACGCCCUGCUCGCCCAGAAGAGCAGCGACUUUGACAUUGAGGUGAGUUUGGAGAGGCACCUGGUUGAGAAGUCGUCGUUGCUAUACGAGAAGGUCGAUGAACUGUACGAUGCCAUCGACAUCGAGGACGAUAAGGAGGCGGUGCGCCGCGCCAUCGCCAGCAGCCAGGGCUCGCACAUCAUCGAACUGAAUCCGGCCGAUCUGAAUGCCAACCACAAUGGCUACCAGCACCAACAGCAGCAGCAGCAGCAACAGCAGGCGAAGCGCGCUCGUCUGGAUAUCAAUUAUGCUAUCGGUCCCGCCGGCGAGCUGGAGCAGCAGUAUGGCCAGAAGGUGAAGGUGCAGCAGUUGAUGCAGUCCCAGCCACAGCCACAGCCCACAUAUAAUCGACGCAAAAUGCCGCUGGUCAAUCGCAUCAUAUAAAGGGGCAAAGACCAAGCCCUCUGUAAUCUCUUGAUUUGCACACCCCACAUACCAUGCAGCAUAGUGGUGGCAUGGAUAUGUUGCACACACACACACACACACAUACAUAAAUUAUACAGCAUACACUUAGUGCUAGGUCCACGCUACAUAGUAUAGGAACCCCCAUGCUACGCUUAAACGUAUCCCUAAGAACAUUUUCGAUAAUCAGUUGUCAGUACUCCAUAUACACCCCCCACCCCCAUCUCAACUGAUUGAAAAUCAGAAUUUAUACAUUUUAUUACUUUGGAGAAGAUCUCUCCACUUAAGCUUACUUUGAAUCUAUUUGUAGUCCUGUUUGGUCGAUUUUCGAAUAAAUCUAUGCCAAUAAUUGUAAAAGAUUUCUCGAAAGUUUUGCCCCAAAUCCAACACUUGACGACGCCAUGGCCUUGGUCCAUGUCCCCCGCCCUGACGCUUGAGCAGAAGAAAUAAACUCUCAAACAAGUGAAUGUCCCAGUAGUUAGUUCUGACGAUGCAGAAAGCUAUCUAUCUGUAAUGCUAAUUAUUUUCCAAUCUUGAACUGCAAUUUCUAAUUUGAUCUCCACCCUCUCCCCUGACCACAAAACACCUUCAAGAGAUUUUAUCCUCCAUAAAACUUAACGAAACGAAACUUCUUGACGCAGUUAUUAUAUAUAGAGUAUAGAAAUAUUGACAUUGUGCAACACAACAACAGCCACAACAACGAUUUUUGGACAACGAAUUGCGAACACUAUGUUCACUUUUCCACCUUUUGUUAAACCUUUUAUAUCCGAAAUGUGACAAUUUGCAGCAUUUGCAAGCAUUUUCAGCGCAUCUGAAUGCCGCCGAUUCCGAAUCCGAAUUCCAACUUAAAGUUAGGUAAUGUUGUAUAAAAAAGAAAACACACCACAAAAAAUAAAACAAACACAUAUAAACAACUUGCCGGUCCAGUAUUCGCAUGCGGAUUUUUUAUAUAACUUUUGUAUGUAUUUUGUACCAUAUAAAAGGAGAAUAGAAUCUACAAUUAUUGCUGGAAGGAACAGUCAAUUAUUUUUACGAAUAUACAUAGUAGGAUUGUAGUGGAGUGUAAAUAGUUUUCACACAAUUAAAGAAUAAGCAUAAGAAUGAAACGACGUUUGUAUACUAUAUAUGUAGAGUAUAUAAUAUAUGUUAGCUAUAGCGCCUAGCCCGUAAGUGAAAAUUUGUAUGUAAGCCAAACACACAACCAACCCGUAUUCCAAAUGAAACGACAGGAUCCGCAAACCAAUAAGACUUGAAGCGAAUAAUGAUCAAGCCUCAGAUUUAAAAUAGUACAAAGAGCCGAGUAGUGUGUACGGACAGGGCGGGGCAGUUAAAACAGGGCCAAAACCAUUUACAAGGCCAAGUUGCUCAUGACUGCGCAUUUUUGCUCACUUGAAUAUAAACCAUUUUUGUUUUUUGUUUGUUUUCCUAACUGUAACUUUUGCAUUCAACUAUUCCACGAACGAAAUCAACACGACAACAUUCAAGCACUUUUUUUCGUUGUAAUACUAGAACUUAAGUAGCAUUUAACGAAUUAGCUAAGAGUCAACAAUUUUUGUAUAGAGUUGUUAGAAAAUCAAUUGAUAUUGAAAGAUUGAAACCAAAAAAACAAUUCAAUAAAAAUAAAAAAAAAAAUUAUUAAAAAAUUAUUAAAAAUUCAAAAGAAACGUUUUUAUCCAUGUGUAUGAUUCAGUGGAUUAUUAUUUUGGCUUUAAAGUACCUACAGUGUGUACACUGUUUAUUUUACAUACUUAUGAUGCACAUUCUUUACCCUUCCAUGCAGGAAACUUACUUUUAAUGAAAACUGACAUAUUGCCACCAAGGUUACUUGGACGGUGUUCCAAAAAGCAAACGUUUUCAAUUUUUAUUCCCGAAAUUCAUCUACGAGGUUCUUGUCAAAUUGUCAGCUUAGGCGAAAAAGAUUUUCAGUUUGAAGCUGCUCGUUCCAAACGUAAACGUGUUCCGUUUUUGUUCGCAAAAAAAGUUUACAAAAAGCUAUUUAAAAGAUUUUCAGUCAUGUCCGACAACUUAAAGAAAUUCGGCGACAUGAAGGACGUGCCGGAGUCCGCAAAGCGGGCCACUGCUUCGCCACCGGUUCCCAAGUUGAAGAAUUCGCAGGAGGAUGACGACCCUAAGUGCAAGGUGUGCAAGGAGUCGCUCAAAGAGAGUGCUAAAGUUAUGAAGACACUGCCUGGCAUGUGGGGCAACAAGGUCAGCGGCGCUUGUGCCUUCUGCCUGUUCGGUCUGAAAUCUUAAUAAUUCCAGAACAGCUCCACGCAGCCCAUUUCUGGUCAGAUGUCAGAUGGAGUUGUGGUGCUGCAUUUACACAUACAAGAAAAUUACAGAAGAAAUGAGAAACUCUGGGCUUGAGUAAAAACAACAAACAAACAGAAUAACAGAAAUAAACAAAUAACAGAUAAA